UUUAAAUGAUCAACUUGUUGAAAGGUAGUCAGGGCGCUCAUGUGGAAGUGUGCCACUCUAUUUGGGAAAUGCGCGAGCAGGAAUCUUGCACUAUAGGAAACAGACGCUGGAUUUCCAGUGGCGCGUGAGGACGAUUAAUAUCUGCCAACUAUAAUUAAAAACACGGUUUACUCUAUUUUAAACAUUUUACCGCUGGUAUUCGCGUACAUCUACCCGAGGCGAUAUAGAUUUAAUACAAUUAAGUAACGUAUCAUCACUGAUUUUUUUUAAAAAAAAUUUUAAAUAUUGAGAAUAUAUUUAGCGCAUUUUCCGGAUUGUUUCAUUUUAUUUGGAAGCUACGCAAACUUUACUGUCGACGAGGAAGGCACGAGCUGGCCAUCCAGAACCGUUUGUGGAAUAUAUGUUGAAAUUUCCGUAUUGACAUACUAUUUGGAUGGACUACUGUUUGGAUUUUUCUACAAUAAGACUUGUCCUGGCAUUCGAGAUGAGUUAUUUGACGUCACUGUUACAAAUAGUUGCUGCUGUCCAGUUGAACCUUUUACCUGCACAGAGUUCUUCCUUAGUAAAUGUAAACAGCACUAAAGUGAUGCUCUUUCAAGAGGUUUGGGGGAAAAGCUUCUGCCGCACUAUAGAGAAGCUAGUGGAAGUCGUUCAGGAGUACCCUGGGGAGGUGGAGCACAUUUUCAGCCCCGCAUGUGUGCCAUUGGUCCGCUGUGCUGGUUGCUGUGGAGAUGAGAACCUGGAGUGUCACCCUACGCUUACUUCUAACACCACUAUGCAAUUAUUAAAGAUUAAGCCAGCAGAGCAGGGCCAGGAAUAUGUGGAGAUGACCUUUGUGGAGCACAAAGCCUGUGAAUGUAGACAAAGAAAACGUACAACAAAGCAAGACAGAUGGAAACCCAGAAAUAGAGGGAGAAAAAGGAAGGAGAAACAAAGAGUAAAAGACUGUGACAAGUGCCAGCCUCCCCGUAGGUAAAUGCUGUCUCGCCGUGAUGCCAGCCAAUCACGCACACCCGCCCCCUUCUGUGUGACCCUCACCAUCAUCAUCAUUCACUUAUGGAUACUGCCACUGCUCUGCACCCCACGAUCCCAGAUGCAGAGUUGUUAUGGUGACGGGGCUUCUGUCAGCAGUGAUCUAUACAGGAAACUCCUGUUGUGCUAGUCUCUACAGAAGAAAAACAACAGAAGACCAAACCUAAAAUCUGAGACUGACUUAAACCCAAAGGACUUAUAUUAUUAUAAUAUAAUAAGAUUGAUAUUUUAUUGUGUUAUAUUAAUAACAUUAGUAGAAGUAAAGUAGUAUAGUAGUAGUAGUGUAACUGGUUUAGCUGCCAGCUUUUUUCAAGUCUUCCCCCUUAUUUAUUAAAAUCCACUGAAGUACAACUGGUUGUGUUCCAUUAAUCAAUUAACAAAGCCAUUUUGUAUUUGUUCAGAAGAGGAACCACAUAACAAACAAUGCCAAAGAUAUUCUAUUUUCAUUUGUCUUUAGAUUCUAUAUCGCAACUAUGCCUAGACUGUAUUACAGUUUAUCAUGUGAAAACCAUCUUAGGUGAUGUUUUCAUAUGUAGUAUUUUAUGUUUGCUUAUUUUAAAGCUUCUCUGUGGGUUUAGCCCUCGACUUGAGCAUCAAAUAAGUGGAUUGACAUACUGACCUCUAGUGGUAAUAAUAAAAUAAUUACAUUCACAAAGCGUUCUUCAAAUAAUAAUACUGAUCUAAAAGUCAUCCUGUAAUAAUAUAUAUAUAUCAUUGUAGUAUUUCAGCUUUGGUGAUAAUGAAAGAUUUGAUGUGUGCACUGUGUAAGGACAAAGACUUUGCUCUGAAAGGGCCAGUCAACAGGAACCGAGACAGACGUUCAUCACGAUAUAAGUGAAUGUUGGUGUAUUGUGUUGUUUUGUCAAUGAAAAUGACUGAAUUUCCUACACUUUGGACUUUUGGAAAGUGCCGGAAUUAAACCAAAGAAGCAUUAUUAUCUAUGCUGCUGACGGAGUGUAGAGCCCUAAAUACAAAUGCAAUAUUUUUCACCAAAGGGCUAUUUAAUUCCCACUGUAUAAAAAUGUUGUAUGUUUUUCAAAAUACUGUUAAUAUCUAUUAAUAUUAUACAAAUUUAAGAGUACCUUUCAAAAUAGAGUGACUAUUGUUUGUUAUUUCUGAUUAUCAUUAAAAAUAUUUUGUGAAACA